UUCUCCAUAAACCGUAAUUAAACAUAUUGUCAAAAAUUAAUUUUUAAAUAAAAACAAAACUAAAAGUUCAAUAAUCGAUUACAGUUCGAUUAUUACAAAAGAAAUCCUAAUUUUCUCCAAAAUGUACAAUAAUACCCUAUUCUUGUCCGUAAUUUGACUAAAGUAGUUAUUCUCAAGCCACGUGACUAAUCGCGCGUAAUUCAAAAUCAUUCAAAUGAAAGAAAAGAUUUAAUUUCUUUUCUUCUAAAUUCGAAAUGAAAAAAUCAUUUUUUAAAUUUAAAAAAAGGAUAGAUUUCUCUUACCUUGUAAAGAGUUGAAUAUCCAUCUAUGAUGGCAUCAGAAAAAGAAAAGCUUUUUACUUUAGUAUUUGUGAAAAAUGAAAAUGGGGGAAAUCCACAAAUACUGUUGGGUUUAAAAAAGAAGGGAUUCGACCAAGGAAUGUGGAAUGGUUUUGGUGGCAAAGUGGAAAUAAAUGAAUCGAUUCUCGAAGGAGCAUUACGAGAAUUAAGAGAAGAAUGUGGUUUAACUGGUGAAUUGAAAAAACUUGGAGUACUUCACUUUCAUGGAAGAGAAGAAGAAACCAUUUUAGUGGUUCACGUUUUACAUACUUAUUCUUAUAACGGAGCUAUAAUCGAGUCCGAAGAAAUGCAACCAAAAUGGUUUGGAAUAAAAGAAAUCCCUUUUGGGGAAAUGAAAGAAGAUGCUCGUUUUUGGUUCGAUCACAUGUUAAAGGGAAAAUUCUUCAAAGGCUACUUUCGUUAUGAAAAUGACAGAGUUAUUGAUCACAACAUAGACGAAUUAACUAAACUUGAAGAAAAUUGACGAAUCAUUAUUCUUUAUAAAAAUAAAGAAAGUAAGAU